AUGGCACCUCAAGAGUGGUCAGAUCAGCAAUUGGCCAACUACUCGGCGGUCGAGUACGGCAAAGGGCGACGACUGUCGGCCCCCGCAUUGAAGCCGGACCGCGAAGGUAUUAACGGACUCUCCGGCACAUACGUCACGAUCCCGGUCCCGGGCGAACCGAUGGCUGCGCAGCAUCAAGGGUCGUGGAUACGGAGGUACUGGAUCUUUGUCUUGGCCAUGGCGAUUCUCGUCGUCGGCGGCAUCAUUGCCGGCGCCGUGGGCGGUAUCAGCGCCUCGCACCAGGCGACUGAGCGGGAGACAGGGUGA